AUGGACAGAUUCGAUACUUCCAAAGACCCCCGCUUCAAGCGUGCUCCUCGACAUGUCCGGCGAGUUCAAGUGGAUGGGCGGUUUGCCCGUAUGUUCAAAGACAAGCAGUUCGUCGAAACUCCACGCGUGGAUGCUCGAGGCCAACGACUUAGCCGCAAAGCCGGGAAGCAAAAACUCCAGGAGUUCUACGACCUCGCGGGGCUUGACUCAGAGAAACGAAGUGCACGAGAGGAGCCCAACAGGCCUGAUCUGGAAGAUGCAGAAGAGCAGGAGGAAGAGUCAGCUGUGGAGGACGAGGAAGACGACUCGGAAGAAGCUGAUGAGGAUGAAGAUCCUCAAAGCUCUUCAGCCUGGAAUGUGGCACAGGAGGAUGUGCCGAAAGGAGAUGCUACGCGACGGCUCGCUGUCAUGGGUUGCGACUGGGAUCAUGUUGCUGCAGGUGAUCUGAUGGUCAUGUUCCGGACAUAUCUCAGCACCGCGCGGUCCAAGAGCCAAGCCGGCAAUGUAACGAGAAUCAGCGUGUACCCAUCAGACUACGGUCUUCAGCGAGCUGAGCGCGAGGCUGUCGAAGGGCCCUUGAUCGCAGAUGAGAUGAAAAGCUCAUCCCUUGACGAUGACAACCAAGAGGCGCAGCAAGAAGCACUCAGGCGGUACCAGGUGGACCGCACGAAGUAUUUUUGGGCUUUGGUUGAGUGCGACUCUGAGUCUACCGCUGCAUGGCUGUACGAUGAAAUGGACGGAAUCGAAGCAGAUGGCAUUUGUCCGGGCACUUUGGACCUGCGCUUCGUGCCCUUGGAGCUGGUGCCUCCGCACGAGGCGACCAGUGUGGCGACCGAAGUUCCCAAGAAGUUUUCGGGACCGGCGAUGCUUCGGUCUGCCACCGGUCACACGAAGGUGAAGUGCACCUGGGAUGAGCCCCCCCCUCAGCGACGCAAAGAUCUGAUGAAGAAGCGCUUCUCCGCGGCUGAGCUUGCCGACAUGGACCUGCGCGAUUAUUUGGCUUCCAGCUCCGACGAAUCUGAGACCAAAGGCGCAGCAGCACAGGAACUGAAAGCGUUGGUUGCCAACAGUGAUUCUGAGGGCGGUGCUGACGGGAGCAACUCAGAGACAGAGCAGAGCAAGCCCGGCAGUGCAGGAAACAUGGAAGCGACCUUCAGCGUGAAGGCCACCAGGCUUGAGGAAGAGCUGGCAGAGCGUGCGCAGAAGCAAGGUGGGCGAGGAGUUCACACCCUGGAGUCGGAGGAGCCCCAAAGUGCCUGGCAAAAAUAUUUGGAGAAGCGGAAGGAGAAGAGACGAGAGAAGAGACUCAAGGUAAAGGAGGAGAGGGCUAAGCUCAAAGAGACCAUCGCACAGGAAACUGGCAAGGCUACCAAGAAGGGACAGGCUUCUCUGGACGUGUCUGUGGACGGCAGAGAGUCAGGAGAUCUGGAGCUGCUUCUCGAACCCGAGCUGGAGCGAAGCGAGCAAGGCCGAAGCUUUAAUCUCAGAGGUCCACAGAGGCAAGCUCAUGACCGCGGUCUGAAGGACACUGGAGGGGCCUUUCUGAUGGAUGUCCACGAUCGUCGCCUUGAGAAGGUCUUGAGCAGUGCUGACUUCGAGAUUGAUCCGACCAAUCCCGAGUUCCGGAAGUCCGAAGGAAUGUCUGCAUUGCUCCAGGAGAAGCGAAAGCGCAGAAGCGCCAAAAGCACAAAGACUCUGACUAAACCCACGGACUCCAAGAAGGAGGCGCCUCCCUCAAAGUCCGUGGAGAUGGCCUCGGCUGGCUCUGGCUUGCAGAUCUUCGCUCAGACCAAGACCAAGAGGGCUGUGGCGCCUCUUAACCAGGCAGAAGUGGCACCGAAUGCGGGGCUGCAAAGCAAGAAGCCACGGAGGAAGAAAGCCAAGUGA